AUGACGAACAAUAAGGAAAUAGUAGUAGUAUUAGGAGAGGCACCGCCCCCGAAACCUCAACCGCCAUCAGCGACAGCAUCAGCAGAAUCCAAUUCACGACGACGACGACGACGGCGACUGAUAUGGCAUCGCCGUGAUCUUCGUUUGCAUGACAAUGAGCUAUACGCAAUAUACAAUGAGUUGAAUAGUAUUAAUAGUAGCCCCAAUCAUAAUAAGGGUGAUGAUGCAGAGGGCUGCGAUCAUAAUGAAUCAUUGUCAUUCGAAUGCAUCAGCCUCUUCAUUUUCGAUCCAAAGUAUUUUCAUCCACAACCAAGCUUGGCAUGUCCCAAGGAAUACGAUACGAUUUGGUGCGGCCCUCAUGCAACCCAAGCCACUAUUGAAGCAGUACAUGGACUUCGACAGAAACUUCGGUCCAUUGGCGGGGAGCUCCUUGUUCGGACAGGCGAUCCAACCAGUUUGGUACCACAGCUGGCAGACGAAAUCAAGGCAGAUGAGAUUGUCUUUGGAGAAGAACCAGGGACCUACGAACGAGCCGUUGCGCAACAGCUACAGCAACAUCAUUAUUGGAACCAAAAUCCAUGGGGAAGCUACGACGAUUCUCCGCCUUCGUCGUCGCUUGAGUUGAAGAGUGUGAUCGGUUAUACUCUCUUUCAUCCCAAUGACCUCCCCACGGAUCCUGAUCAGUGGAGCAAGCUGGCGCAUCCAAAGCAACAAACGUCGAAAAAGAAGCAAAAGAAUAAGAAAAAAGCAGUCCAACAAACCCGUCCUAGCAAUCCGACUACUGCUUUUGGAAACAGAGUGGACGUGUCGCCAGAACGCUUCAAGGGAAUCUGUCGAAUCAUGGGAGACUUUCGAAAGGCAGCUCGGAGUAGCGCCAAGGUCCGGCCACUCUACCAGACGCCAACAAAGCUGAAUAUACCAUCUACAGCUGCCAAUAUGGAGAGUGGAACGAUUCCAACGUUGAAUGAACUAAUGGCGCCAGCAUUGAAAUCGGAACGACCAAUCAUGGGAAUGGAACGAGAUCUGCUGGUAGCUGUUGUCGACAGAAUUACUCUUGAUAGAGAAUCACAGCGUGAAGCAAUUGCAGACAAGGAUUCGUCCAGACAGGUAGAUAAUGGUCCACCAGCUGGACAUUCUUCACGACCAAAGCGAACGGAAGAUGCCGCGUUGCAACGACUCGACGACUUUAUUUCCUCGGGACGAGCGGCGGUCGCAGAUCGGAGUCGAGCCGAUGUCGCGACUAAUGAUCACAGCUCGAGAUUUUCGGUUCAUUUGGCACUGGGAACCCUUUCGCCAAGAGCAAUCUAUUGGAGAGUAGUCCAGCAAAAUGACGACGAGGAACACGCCAGCUGUCAAUGGCUGGCGAGCCAUUUGGAAAUGCGAGAUUUCUUUCUCUACACUGCCUUUGCCAACGACAAGUACCUCUUUUCUACCAAAGGAAUUCCUAGAAGCAACAAGAGGAAGCAGCCUCCCAAUAGCAAGAACAGGAAGAAUCAAAAGAACAGCAAAAAUGUAAUUCUCAAAGAAGACGUUGGAGAUGCGAAUGAAUCCUCACAGAUUAUUUGGAAGAGCCCCGCUGUCUACAAAUCUACUUGGAUACGUUGGGCUACUGGAAAUACCCACUUUCCACUCAUUGACGCUGCAAUGAGAGAGCUAAUGACCACAGGAUACUGUUCGAACCGAGUUCGACAAAAUGUCGCAAGUUUCUUGACGAAGGAUUUGCAGAUGGACUGGCGGGCUGGGGCAGAAUGGUUUCAGUUUUGGUUGGAAGAUCAUUGCGUCGGGGCCAACUAUGGGAAUUGGUUGUACUUUUCGGGGGUCGGUCCAGAUCCCAAGAAUCGACAUUUUCGUAGCCUCUCGCAAAUGAAAAAGUAUGACCGACAUUACAAUGAUGCACCAUCUGGAAGCUACGUGCAAAAGUGGGUCCCAGAGCUAUUGUGUGACGGAUCGAGCGAUAAUCCAGAGACCUUGUUCCGGCCUUGGGAUUUCAAUGUUCCUGGAUUUGAGGAUCCCAUCGUUGAUCCAACCUCUCAAUACAUCUGGCAAGAUGCACAACGUCUCGCAGAAACAGGAAAUCUGUUGGAGUGA